AUGAUCACCUCCACCACCUUCUUCCACUUUUUCCUCGCACAAAUUUUCUAUGGCCUAUUAAUAUCUGGAACUGUUGGCUACGUUGUAGUCGUUCAACCAUCGACUCAUCUAUUCGAGGGUGAAGAGAUUGUGAAGCAUACCAGGCCACAUGUUAUGCGGACACCGACCAAAUUUAUCAAUGAGAAAGGAGAGGAGGUUAGCGGAACUGUUGAGGAACCGUGUGCCACGAAAAUACUUCCGUCUUAUCGGCCGAGAUGGGGACAUAGUGAGUUUGCAGGGGGACGAAAAUCCACGUGGCAAGAGAUUUUUCAAAACUCUGUUUCACCGGUUGAAAUUUAGAGAUUCUUAACACAUUUCUUAUGAUUCGGAAUUUUCCAUUAAUAAAUUUUUGGUCCGGAAAUCCACGUGGAAAAUCUGAGAUUUUCAAAAUUUGAAAUUCCGGAAAUUUUCGAAAAUUAUCAAAAUUCCUCCAAUUUCAAGCUCGAAAUCCACAUGGCAAGCUCGAAACUUUUAGCGCUGAAAUUUGUGAUUUCGAAACGGAAAAGACAAAUUUGCUUCUGAGUCUAGGCAAACCAACAAAAUCCAUGUGGCAGUUUGAAAAAAAUCAACAAAGAAUGCCCAUAAACUAUAGUUGGACAUUGACUAAAUCGACUAAAUGACAUUUUCAGGUUUUUUAAGCAAAUGAGUUGAAAUAUUGAGUUCUAAUAAUAUUCAUUUGAUAGAAUGGUCUAAAACGAACAGAAUGAUAUAAAUUUUGAUGAAUUUACGUUAUCCAUAAGUGAUUUAGCGACGUUUAGUUCGAUAUUUAGUCGAUAAGCCGCUAAAUCACUUAUGGAUAACGUAAACUCAUCAAAAUUUAUAUCAUUCUGUUUGUUUUAGACCAUUCUAUCAAAUGAAUAUUAUUAGAACCCAAUAUUUCAACCCACUUGCUUAAAAAACAUGAAAAUGUCAUUUAGUCGAUGCCCAACUAUACCAUCAACAAUUUCACAUCCCACAAAACCCCCCUACUUUUUCUAGUCGCCAACGGAAGUCAAGUCGAGAUUCAACAAGACGAAGUGUCCAACUUCGUCGCCACAUUCGUCCAAUGUCAAGCCGAAACCAACGAAAGUCGCAAAUCGUGUCACGGCGUUCAACAUCACACCUAUUCCUCAGAAUGUGUCACAAUUUUCGAGCAUCGAACUGCAAAUGUCCGAAUGGCCAACACCGCCACAGAUUUUUUCGAGGCUGAUAUUCGAGUUCCGAUCAUGUGUGAAUGUCGACUUCGUAAAUUUGUUGGCAAAGAUGCGACACCCGAGAAAAAGUUGUUGAAAACAUUGAGCCAAUUGGAGGAUUUUAUGUUGCAUUAA